CACCAACCCUGCAGGACCGCGAGUGUGGUGUUGUGACUGUGACUGGAUACGUGACUAUAGUGGUGGAUAUCUACGUGACCUCUCCACUUUGGAUAACCUUGACGUGAGUAGCUAAGAUGCGUAGUGUGUCCGCGGCUCGUGGCAUAGUGCGUGACAAUGUCUAAAUGCAAACAUCGAAGACGUCGCAGAUCUGACCGAAGCUACCAAGGUGAAACAAUAAAUAGUGCCAGAAUGCCCCGUCGCCGAGCCUCUGCCUCCGCCGCCUCCGGAUGACGAUGGUCUGCUAGCCAGAGCACCGCUGGAUCCUCCCUGGCUGAGUCCGUCCGGAGCGCCGCCGGGUUCGCCGCCACCCUCCACCUCCACGUCGUCCGAGAGUAAGAUGAAAAUUGCCGGCGGCGACUCUCCCUUCAUCAUAGGAAUGCCCUUAGACUUGAUGAACUCCUGUUGGGCCGUAUCCGAACACUUCUUGGGUGCCGCCUCCCACCAGAAAACCAUGUUAGGAGACACUGAAGACGAAGACUCCAACUCCAAGAUGGACGACUUCGAACUGAUCCUGAAGUCUUCGCCUUCGGAACAGAAUAAUAAUUUGGCCGAACUCAAGCCGCUGCCUCCGUUCACGGGGUACACCGGACACCUGAGCAUCAACGGUAUCCCGGGACACCACUACCACACGAUCGCAGCGGCACCCAGUCCCCCACGAGUUGAGGCCAACAACAACAGUUCCGACACGGCCAACCAGAACUCCAUGUUCUACUCGACCGACCAAGUGGUGUCCUCAUCGACCAUGGACUGUCCUCUGGACAACAUAAAGACAGAGGCCGUAGACUACAACGGCCUGCUCCUCGACCCGGCGAUCGAGGACAUCGCGGCCGUCCUAGGCUCCGCCAUCGCCGAUACCACCGUACAAGCCAACAACAACAACGGCAAUAAUGACAACAACGGCACCUCCAACAACAACAUAGACUGUGGCUCGUCAAGAGAUAGCUGGAUGGAGUUGGACUGGAUGGAGUUCGACUCUUGUGAACAAAACUCGUCGAACAAUAACAACAAAUCAAUGCCCCUUUCGGAUACGUUACACGAGUUCGUCCCAGUGAGUUCGCACUUCUCCUCAGCGCAGUCGACACCUCCCGCGGUCACCAUCUCCUUCCAGCAAGUCUCGCAACAGAAGAGAGACUCCCUGGCCUCCGUAUACUCUAGCAUGCCGCUGUUGCAGAGUCGGUUGCAGAACGGUCCACCUAUCAAGCCCGAACUGACGUACACGUUAGUCCCGAACUGCACUAAACAAGAAGUCACCUACAGCUUGGUGAGCGAAUGUCCGUCUCCCUCCUCGUCCACUCAGUACCUCGCACACAGUCCUCCGGGUCACGUGGUCUCUACCUCAGACCUGGUCAGGUACAACCCCGUCCACAGUUCCAGACCGUCGCCCGAACUGCAGGUCAGCUUCCCACACACCACCACGCCCUCCAAGAAGUCGAAGAACAGAUCGAGAAGCAAAACAGCCGCUGCGACGUCCACGGUGGUCUACAGCGAGGGAUUGGGCAAGGAGAAGCCCGUGCACAGGUGUAACAUCUGCAACAGAGGGUUCCUCAACAAGUCCAACAUCAAGGUGCAUUUGCGCACGCACACGGGCGAGAAGCCGUUCCGCUGCGAGGUCUGCGGCAAAGCCUUCAGACAGAAGGCGCAUCUCAUAAAGCACGCGCAGAUACACAAGCGCAUAGGAAGAGAAUGAUAUGAUGAGGAGUGCGAUCGACCCGCAAGGCCAGACUCGGCCAGGUUCAACCCCUUGCUGCUACUCAAGUACGCCAGGGCCCUCUUUCCCUGACCCUGACCGUGUUGCGGAAUUCGUUCAGAGGUCCUGGAAGAUAACAUAGUCCACAGUUUUCUUUAUCGAAAAAGUUUCAAUUUAUAAUAUACGUGGAUGAAAUAUUUUGAAAUUCCUCGGCCCAUUUCGAGUUCUUUCCUCCCAACGAAUUCCGCAGUCAGUUCAGGGAUCUGAAACCUCAAGCUGGAACCCAAAGAUCAGAAUCCCCGAGUCGACUCUGCAGUCGGCGCACUCCCAUCGACUCAUCGCCUAUCCAAGGCCAAGGACCGAUAUUGACAAGACAGAGACUUAUUUAGUUUAUGUGUAUAAGUGACUUCUGAGUGUAGCAAGUGUAUUCCAGAUGAAUGUAUAUAUAUUUAUGGUACUUCUGGUAACACUGGUGCGUAGUGGAACUGGUCGAAAACUCAGGAACUCUCGUGUACAUUUGUAAGUGGGAAAGCGCAUCUAUAUGACUCAGACGUUGUGAUUUAUAUAUUUUUGUAACAUAUUAUUUAUACAAAGUAGAUUAAGACUAUGUUUAAAGGUUCUAGGGAUUUGCUUAGUGGCUGCCUGAACUGUGUUGCUGCUGAAAAUCGUUGUAAAUGCUUAAAUGGAUGUUUAUAUACAAAUUGGGACAAAAAUAAACAUUCAAUAGUUCCAAUAUAUUUAAUAGUAAAAAAUUAUUUAUUGCGUUAUACAUUUCAUGAGCACUUCACUGCUCAUUUUAAAAUUUCACAUCACUUAUUUAAAGCUCUCUAUUCAGCAUUGGACGAAUCAAGAUAAGGUUCUUGAUGGAUGGUCAACAAAUUAGAAUUAAUUUAAGAGUGCAAUGGUCUGGUAAAGAUAGGUUUAAUGUUUUAUGAUUACUCUAGGUUAAGCCAACCCCAGGUGCCCAAAACAUCAGGUGCUGGGAGAAAAUUGAAUCAAAACGAUUUCAAAAUUUUGGGAACGUACCUCGCAACUACCCAAUAGUUUUUCUUCGUUGUUGAAUUGUCUGACUGACUCGAUCGGUCGUGUUUUAGUACAAGUAUUGUUUCAUGUUUAAUUUAUAUUUUAUUGGUUUGUUAUUUGCGUGUUACUACUGUAUAUCAAUUCCAACGUAUUAAAAGGUAGUUUAGUUUACAAAAACAAAAAUCUAAUAUAGUUGAUCAAAUGUUCUGAAAUUAAUUGUUACACCAUCAUUUCUGUGUUCAUUACACGAAUGUAUUUUUUAUUUCAAAUCUGACUGUUUUUUUAUUUAAGUAUUCGCAAAUCCAAAUAUUUCCUAGCAAAGAUUUUAUUCAGUGUAAUAUAAGAUUAGGUUUAAUAAAGGGACCAAAAAUGUACAUAAUAUCGUUUAGAUAUUUUAAUAACGUUAUUUUAGAGUAAAUGUUUAAGUUUGUUUAUUUAUACAUAGAUUUAGACUAGUUGUAUAGAGGUUGAGUGUGAAAUCCUUCAUAUAAAUCUGUAUACUUGCUGAGGAGAAGUGGCAAUGUAUAUUUGUGUAUCCGUGUGUGCCUAGUAAAUUGUAAAGCUGUAUCUCUAAUUGCAAUUUGUAUACAGAGUACAAUAAUAUGUAAAAUAUCCAUCCUAAAAUUUAACUACCCAAACCUGUUCUAGGUUUUAUAUUUUUUGUGAACCAUUUGACAACGAUUAACAGGUACAAUGUAAAUAAACGCAGGUGUCUAAAUACUUGUAAACAUUCCACGUGGGAUAUAAUAUAUCGCUUUUCACAAAAGCUCUAGUACCUAACGCAGUUAGACUAUUUAAUGGAGAGAGUGCUUGGUUUUAUAUAAAUUUGUAAGUUUUUAAAAUCGUCUACGUAGCAAAAAGAAUUUAUAAAUUUGCAGAAGAUUGUAUACAGCUUGAUGCAGUGCACAGCGCUUGAUGCGUGCUGUUUGCGUCGUAAUAUGUUAAAAAUUUUAAAAAUUACAACCAGUUUGAUAAAGUUUAGUGAAUACAUGUAAUAACCUCAUUUUUUCAGCUUUGAACCUUUCCCAAAUGUUAGUAAACAAAAUAUUUCGAUUGUUAACACUAAAUCCUCUAUGGAGAGAAUGAUGGCGUGCUAGACACAUAUGACUGCUAUUUAUUAUCUUGGGUUGUAUAGUAUAGUAUAAGGCUCUUAGGUUGUAUUUUAUAUACUGUACCUUGGAAUAAGGAAGUUGCAAUAGUGAGAACUGUGUUCAUCAAACAAAAAAAACAUCGAAUAGUAUUUUGUACUCUUCACACUUAUUGCUGCUUUCCCUUGUUCUAUAGUUAAAGUUUCUAUUUCUUUCCAACAGUUUUGUUAAUUUCUUGUUCUUUGUUUAUUGUUAAAUAAAACU